UUUUUGUAAUGAAAUUUUUUGACAAGCACUGAAACUGUCAAAAGUCAGUCACAUUUUAGACAUUUCGAGUCUUUUUUUCUCUAAAAAAACCCCAAAAAAUGGCGAAAAAACGCAACAGAGCGAUCAGUUUAUCCCUUGAUUGGGACAACAUGGUGAAAGAAGGCGAAUCGGAAAAAGGUGCGAUGGCACACUUGGCCGGAAACAUCGCCUACGACAAAGACACGGUGGAGUUUUGCACCGGGAGUUCGUACACCGGCAAGUGGAACGCCUUGGGGAUGGCCGUCUACGGGACCUAUCUGUACCCCCAUGGCUGCGAGUACGAGGGUGGUUUCGAGGACGGCAUGUUCCAUGGCGAAGGUGUCCUGGUGUACCCCAUGGGUCAAAAACUGGAAGGUUACUGGGAGAAGGGCAAAAUGAUGGAUUACAAAUUUACCAACGUCGAUGGGUUGGACUAUACCGAACCUUGGUUGUACUGUACCAUGCCAGACCGACGAUAUAAUGUCACAAUAAGAGAGGGUUUACAACCAGCAGGCCGUGAAUUUUUGACCAAUCAGCAACCAGAUCGGCCCAUUGAACAAGAUUGCUAUGAUACAGGUGAUGGUUUUUAUAAUCCAAUCACACGAAGUAUUAUCAUGGCACGUGACCCCGAGGAAUAUGAGAAUUUGGAAGAUCAUGACUCGAUUGUUGUUGUCAAGAGUACUGAUGACGAUUUUUGGGUACAAGCUGUGACUAUGGUUAACGAAGCCCGCCAUGACUGGAUCACCCGCCAUUGCCGCAAAGCCUGGGACGAACCGGCCGGUUAUAGACCGGAUCUUUACGAAGAUUGGAUCACCGGAAGAAGAAAAGAAUUGGAAGAAUUGGACAAAAAAUAUGCUUCAAGUCGCAAUUCGCUGGAAAGCAACGGAAACGGAGACGUCAAAAAUUCCUUAAAUGACGUCAAUGGACAACUAGAGAUCAAGGAGUCGGUGGAUUAUGCCGGAACUGGCCGAAAGUUGGCACCGUCAACCUCUAAUAUGUAAAUUUGUAACGAAAUAAAUCGAUCUUGAUUCGA